AUGGGCUUCCUGUCCGAAGUGUAUGGCUACGUGUCCUCCCUGAGAGAGAAGGGAGGUGCAACACUUACCGUCAGCCAGAUGACGGCACCGUACAUCGCAGCCCUGGUGUGGGAGACUGAGACAUGGAUGCCCAUGAAGACGACUCAAGCUGUUUUUCAUGACGAGCUCAUCUCGUCUGGAGACUCCGCCAACGGCUCAGACUUUGGCUUCCCCGAUGAGGAGCACGACACAUUUGACAACGAGGACAAGGCCGACGACAAUGAGGAUUAUGACAAUUUCUCUGGCUCUGGCGACGGAGGACCAACUAUUACAAUCAAAAACGACAAGCCUUCUAUGAACAACAAGAUUCCAGACCUGAGGCUCAAACCCACAGUGAACGAGAUUCAAUUGGUCCAGAAGAACAAUGAAGUGUUAGUGCGGGUUUCUCCCAAGCCUGAGGAGCACCCAUCGAACGUACUGAUGGCCCAUGCAGGGGAGGAGAGCAUCUUCAACAAGACUGAAGUCCUAGCAGCUCUUAUUGCUGGUGGAGCAGUGGGGCUGUUCUUUGCUGUCCUCCUCAUCCUCCUGCUUGUCUACCGCAUGAAGAAGAAGGAUGAAGGCAGCUACGACCUGGGAAAGAAGCCCAUCUACAAGAAGGCUCCCACCACAGAGGUCUACGCAUAA